CUAUGUCAAAUUUCGUGGACUGCCCCUUGCCAGCUGCUAUCACCAUGGUGCGCGCGUACGCGACGCUGCUCACGAAGGAGGCCUACCUCGCCGGCGUGCUCGUCCUCGAGCAGGGCCUGCGCGCUGUGGGUAGCAAGUACCCCUUAGUGGUGAUGGUCACGCCGGCACUUCCCGCCGCCGCCCGCAGGGUCCUCACGAAGCGGGGGAUCCCCAUGAGGGACAUAGAAGGCCUAUACCCAGCCGUGGCCAGGCAUACCCUCGCUGACGCGCGGUUCGAGGAGACAUGGACGAAGCUGAAGGUUUUCGAGCUAGAAGAAUACGAUCGCCUAGUCCUUCUGGACGCAGACAUGGCGGUCGUGAAAAACAUGGACGAUCUGUUUGACAUUGAUCUACCCGCGGACGAGAUCGCCGCCGCGCACGCCUGCGCCUGCAACCCGCGCAAGAUACCCCACUAUCCCAAAGAUUGGAUCCCUGCUAACUGCGCCUUUACGGCUCUCAAACACCCCCUCGACAAGCCCGUGACACCCACGAGCGGUCCCAGACCGUACACGUUGUUGAACUCUGGCACCGUCGUCCUGAAUCCCUCCCGCAAACUAGCCGACGCUAUUUAUGACUUCCUGGCCACCACCCCGCGUAUAUCGGAAUUCAAGUUCCCCGAUCAGGACCUCCUCGCCGCUUUCUUCCAUGGACGCUGGCGCCCCCUACCUUGGUACUACAACGCGCUGCGGACGUUGCGGACGGUGCACACCAAUUGUUGGCGGGACGACAUAGUGCGAUGCGUGCACUACAUACUCACUGGAAAGCCGUGGGAGGUGCCACGCCCGAAGGGCGAGAGCGAAGCGGACCUCUUGGAGAGAUGGUGGUGGGGUUACUAUGACGCGGUGGCGAAGGAGUUGAGGGAAAAGGAUCCAGAGGGAUAUAACCUCGUUGCGAGGUAUGUAUCGGGAUAGAUGCGUAAGGUUACAGGGAGAUGGUCUACAUACUAUACAAUUAGGGCAACAUUUUUUCUAUGCGCGCCAUGAGACGUGCACUUCGUCAGUUCGGAACCUCUGCGUGCAGCUGCUCUUGCUCAGCGGCGUUCUCUGGCCCAUCCGGAAAGCCAGCAGGCCUGCCUGAGCGAUCAUGAUACCGUUGUCGAUGCAGAAGCGCUCGUCUGUGGCAAAGACCCUGCCUCCACGCUCUUCAGCCAUCGUACCCAUCAUACCUUGCAGUCGCUCGUUUGACCCGACACCCCCUACUACAAGCACCUCCUUGCUCCCA